UGCGUCCCGCUCUGCUCACCGCUCGGCACUGCACACGUCGCUGCACUUCACCGAUUUGUUGCAACUUGCAGAAAUUCUGCCCCAAAACACGCUGUCCUUCAGUGACCUCACAUCCUGUUUUGCCCACUUCCUUCUGAAUGGACCGGUUUGGGACGGUCCGGUCCCAGCGCAGCGUGGGUCAGUGUGGUGUCGGCGCGUGUCGUCUCCACACCGUAGACUGUAUCAAUAAGAUCCACACACAUGUUAGAUCCGCAGUGUCGCGAGGCUGCACGGGGCACGCGGGCAAACUUUUAAUGCAACGAUUUAGUCACCUGUUGAUGCAUCGUCUCGUGCAUUGAUAGAGAAGAGGAGAGCUGCUGCACUUCUGACAGGAUGAAGACGAGAGAGGGGAAGAUUCUAAACCAGGGUCUGGAGGAUGAAAUGGAGGUGUGGGGUUACCAGCCCUGUCUGUGGAAGAGGAUCCUGGUGGGUGUGGGUGCUGUGUGCUCCGGCGGUCUCCUGCUGCUGCUGCUCUACUGGCUGCCUGAGUGGGGCGUCAAGGGAACCUGCACACACACCUCGCUGAGGGACGCACACACACUGCUGCUCAGGACCACGGACGAGUUCAGGCAGUGGUUUCGAGCCAAAGUACACGUGAUGUCGGCUCCAGGGAGGAAACCAUUCGACAGCUUGGAUCUGCAGUCCACGGCUCAGCUGCCGAACGGAGACGGAGACGGCAUCAGUGCUGUGCACGAGGAGCAUCAUGGGAAAUCUUGUCAGAUCCACUUCUUCACCCACCACAGCACCAAAUACUACUGGAACGACAUGAUACAGAACUUUGAAUUCUAUAAAGGCUUGGAGGAUGUGAAGGUGAGCUGUGCAAACAUCCACUCUGACCACGGCUCUGGACUGUCAAAAACACUGCAGGACUACAGGAGGUUGUUCUUCGGGGAGAAUGAGAUUGCUGUAAGAGUGCCGUCUUUAUUCAAGCUCCUCAUAAAAGAGGUGUUGAAUCCUUUCUACAUCUUCCAGCUCUUCAGUGUUAUUCUGUGGAGUGCUGAGGACUACUACUAUUAUGCUACAGCCAUAGUUUUCAUGUCUGUGAUCUCAAUAGCUACCUCACUGUAUACCAUUAAAAAGCAAUAUGUGAUGCUGCAUGACAUGGUGGCAACACACAGCGUGGUCCGUGUUUCAGUGUGCCGAGGAGAUAAAGAUAUCGAUCAGGCCAUGUCAACAGAUCUUGUACCCGGUGAUGUCAUCAUUAUUCCAGCGAAUGGGAUGAUCAUGCCCUGUGACGCUGCCCUCACCCAUGGGACCUGCAUCGUAAAUGAGAGCAUGCUGACAGGAGAGAGCGUACCAGUUACCAAGACGAGUCUGCCAAGUUCAGGCGAGGACGCGGCCUGGAGCUACGAUAUGGAGGAGCACAAGAGACACACCCUGUUCUGUGGGACCCACGUUAUCCAGACCCGCUUCUACGCUGGAGAACUGGUCAAGGCUGUUGUGGUCAGAACAGGCUUCAGUACAGAGAAAGGCCAACUGGUGCGCUCCAUCCUCUACCCCAAACCAACAGACUUCAAGCUGUACCGCGACGCCUACCUUUUCUUGUUGUGUCUAGUCGGGGUGGCGGGGAUCGGCUUCAUCUACACCAUCGUCCUCAGUAUCAUGAACAAGGUUCCAGCUAAAACCAUCAUCAUUGAAUCUCUGGACAUCAUCACCAUCACUGUGCCCCCGGCCUUACCGGCAGCCAUGACAGCCGGUAUCGUGUACGCGCAGCGCCGUCUGAAGCGCGUCGGCAUCUUCUGCAUCAGUCCUCAGAGGAUCAACAUGUGUGGCCAGCUGAACCUGGUCUGCUUUGACAAGACUGGAACUCUGACUGAAGAUGGUUUGGACCUGUGGGGUGUUCAGACCGCUGAAGAUGGCAGCUUCUCUCCCCCGGAGUCUGAUGCAGCUAAAGAAAGUCUGGUUAACUCUACGUUUGUGGCCUGCAUGGCGACCUGCCACUCUCUGACUAAAAUAGAGGGCGAGCUCUCCGGAGACCCUUUAGACCUCAAGAUGUUCAACGCUACAGGCUGGAUCCUGGAGGAGCCCACAGAGGAAGAGACCGCGCUUCACAAUCCCAUAAUGCCCACAGUGGUACGACCUCCAAAGCACUCUGUCCCUGAAGCCAAUCAGAACAAUCCACUAACUCAGAACAUGGAGCUGUCUGAAAUAUCAGCCUGUGAGAUCGGUAUUGUGCGUCAGUUCCCUUUCUCCUCGGCCUUGCAGAGGAUGAGUGUGGUGGUCAGGAGGCUGGGGGAGAGACACAUGAACGCCUACAUGAAAGGAGCUCCGGAGGUUGUGGCCAGUCUCUGCAAACAGCACACAGUCCCAGAGAGCUUCACAGAGACUCUGGAGACGUACACCAGGCAGGGCUUCAGGGUUAUUGCUCUGGCACAUCGACAGCUGGAGUCCAAACUCUCCUGGCACAAAGUCCAGAGCCUCAGCAGGGACCUGAUUGAAACCAACAUGGAUUUUCUUGGUUUGAUCAUCAUGCAGAACAAAAUAAAAGAGGAGACGGCUGGAGUUUUAUGUGAAUUACGACAAGCUAACAUCCGCACUUUGAUGGUCACGGGUGACAACAUGUUGACGGCGAUAUCCGUGGCUCGGGACUGUGGGAUGGUGCGUGCACAUGAGAGGGUCAUUAUUGCUGAUGCUGCGCCUCCCAAGGAUUUCCACCCUGCUACCAUCACAUGGCAUUACACUGAAAACCCUGCUCAGACCAACAAGGACAAUGAGACUGUGGAGAUAAACCUGGAGGACGGGAUUUAUGACAAGCAAGUAACUCAGCAGGAACAGAGCUAUCACUUUGCUGUGACGGGCAGAGCCUUCGCUGUUAUCACCGAGCACUUCCCUGAACUCGUCCCAAAGAUCGCGCUGAGAGCCUCCGUGUUUGCCCGCAUGGCUCCAGACCAGAAGACUCAGCUGGUGGAAGUCCUGCAGAGCAUCGACUACACUGUUGGGAUGUGUGGUGAUGGUGCCAAUGACUGUGGAGCUUUGAAGAGAGCUCACAGUGGGAUCUCUCUGUCGGAGCUGGAGGCUUCUGUUGCUUCACCCUUCACCUCCUCCACCUCCAACAUCUCCUGCGUCCCCAACCUCAUCAGGGAGGGUCGAGCCGCCCUCAUCACGUCAUUCUGUGUUUUCAAGUUCAUGGCUCUCUACAGCAUCAUCCAGUACCUCAGCGUCACUCUGCUCUACUCGAUUCUCAGCAACUUGGGAGACUUCCAGUUCCUUUUCAUCGACAUCGCCAUCAUUCUCAUCAUCGCCUUCACAAUGAGUCUGAACCCGGCGUGGAAGGAGCUGGUGUGGCGCCGCCCGCCGUCCAGUCUGAUCUCCGGCCCGCUGCUCUUCUCAGUUCUGACCCAGAUCCUCACCUGCCUCACCUUCCAGGUCCUGGCCUUCCUCUUAGUGCGACAGCAGAGCUGGUAUGAGACGUGGACGCCUCAGUCAGAUGCCUGUAACGUCUCUGGCUCCAGCGUCGUUCACAAUCCGAAUGUAACGAGCCCUCACGACCACAAAAACAUCAGGAACUACGAGAACACCACCCUCUUCUACGUUUCCUCCUUCCAGUAUUUGGCUGUGGCCAUUAUUUUCUCCAAGGGGAAGCCCUUCAGACAGCCGAGCUACAAAAACUGGCCCUUCAUGCUGUCCUGUAUCGGCCUCUAUACUUUCCUCCUCCUCAUCAUGCUGUAUCCUGUCCCUGCCAUCGACAGCUUCCUGGAGAUCGUGUGUGUUCCCCAUGACUGGCGCGUUACACUGGUCAUCAUUGUCAUAGUGAAUGCGGCUGUGUCUUUCAUGCUGGAGAUUUUGAUCCUUGACAUCAUCUUGCGGAGGCUAGUUUUCAGAUGCAAUCAGGGGGUAAAUCGCCCCACAGAGCCGCCCUCUGCUGACACACCUCAGAUGACUAACGACCGCUGGAGCCCAGCCUUUCUCUCCUGGUUGUUCUGUCGGAAAAACAAGCCACCAAGGGUUCGCUACAUGCACCUGGCUCUGGAGCUGCAGGAUGAUGCCGAGUGGCCCCCCAGACCCUCCGCCGUCACCUACGCCAGCGAUCCACAAUCCCCACUAUCUGCCCCUCUCUGACACCAACACGGCUGACAAGUAAACUACUGCACAGACUGAACCUUAAACCUGAGCUGGAGCUGAGCUCAGAGAUGUGAUGGAUGGUGUUUGCAGCUCCUCUUACUGUGAGCUGCUCACACCUCGUCCCAAUAGACAAACACUCUGCACUUGGAUUUUAGCUGUACUGUUGUGUCAUACCGCUGAGCCACAGGCCUCUGUUUAAAGUCUGGGUAAAAUAAAAUCAAUUUGUACAGGUACAGAAUCAUAGCUGAAAACAUGUAAAAAAGACUUAAAACCAUACAUGACUGAAUUUUGGAGUUAGACCAUAAAACUGUUGGGCGUGUCUAAAAUCACGGCACGAUGACACACUGGAGCUUCCUUAUCAUAACUCCGCCCCCAACACUAUAUAAGUAUCAAUGGUGGCUAACGUUGCUACAUUUAAUUUGUAUCAGCGGUCAUAGCAACAGAGGUUACAAUGUUGAAUUAAUAUCCUACAUACACUACAGGCCAAAAGUUUGGAAUGAAGGACAAUACAGGCCAAAAAUCUUUUUUAAGAAACAGUAUGAAUUCUGUGGAUUUUUGGAUGUAUUUACAGCACGAUCAGACUAGUUUAAUUCAAUUGAACCAUUUCCCCAAUUUACCUUUAGGUAUACAUUGAUGUUACCAGACUAUUACUGAAUAAAUGUAAACAAAAGAGAAGAAGGGCUUAGUUUUAAGGUUAAGAAGAUUUGCAAGAGUCACAACUUCAGUGCAAAAGUGAAAAAACAAAUUCAAUUAACGAACUGUAUGCAUUAUUCACUUUAGCUCUUUGGCUUUUGAGAGUUUGCCUAUGAAUAUAAACGAAUGCCUCGUAUAUGCCAUGCUGUUGUUAAAGCCAGAGGAGGUUACUUUGAAAGCAAAGUCUAAGCAAGAAAAACCCCAAAAUUGUUGUACAAAUUUAAUCUUGCUUGCAAACUUUUGGCCUGUAGUGUACGCACUAAUACUGGAGCAUUUUAUGAACCGUUAUUGUCUACGGGUGGUCGCGAGGACCUCAGAUCUCUGCACUGCAGCUCACCCGAACAGAAACACAAGAUUUACUCUCUGUGGUUUGUUUGGCACGAACAUUUUGAGAGAUGCAGAGAGCCAGUUUGAAAGCAGCAGAGAGUCACCGGAGAAGUCAGAUAUCAAAUAUCAGGUUUCAGCGCCUUCAGCAGACACGCCCCCAGCGUUUCAGUGCAGAGAAUACGGCUUAUGUUUUCACUAUUUUAUAACCAAAUUUUUUACCCAUUGCGUUUUUUUUUCUGAAUCAAAUUUGGCUGGAUGUUUAAUAACACAUUUUUCUAUGGUUUGAAAAACUCAGAUCACAAACAGUACUGUGCAAAAUAAGAAUGCUUUUAAAAAUAGAAAUGUUAAUCAUUUAUUUUUAUCAACUAAUAUUAUGCAAAGUGAUUGAACAGACGAUCGAUUUAAAUCAAAUUAAUAUUUGGUGUGACCACCCUUUGCCCAAACCAGCAUCAAUUCUUCAAGGCAUUUUUUCCACACUUGCCUCAGACUUUUGCACAGUACUGUACAUAUUUUUGCUUUACCCAGACUUUAAGGAGUAGUUCAACUUUUUGGGAAAUGUUCGCUCCCUUGCAACAUUAGAUAAGAUGAUUGAUUCCACUCUCAUAUCUACGGUAUCAAUCUUCUCAUCUAACAAAUGAGCAUAUUUCCUAAAAUGUCAAACUAUUCUUUUAAGAUGAGUGGAGGUCUUAACUCGCUACAUUGUUCUUCACUACCGAUGGCAACCUAACUACAACACUUGACAUGUGUGUCAGACAAGUCUUUUUUUUUUUCUUUUAUUAUCUGAGCCAAUAUUUGAAAAAGUUGUAUUUUCCCCAUUCUGGCAUCAUCCAGAUCCAUUUUGUUCAGCUGCUGUCCAUGAAUCUUUCUGCUUCACUGUGAAUAAAAUAAUAGAGCCUUCCACUAGCUGCUAAAACCUAAAAGUUGUAAAACAGUGUUAGGUCAUAUGGAUUCAAAGAAACACAGGACACACUUAAGGGCUUUUUUUUUUUUGCAAUUUUAUGAACACAUCUGGUACAAAAAACAUUCCUUUGCUGCAUUUCAGUCUCAGAGUUGCUUUCGGUUGAAAUUCUUCCUGUGGAAGAGAGAAGCAGAAAUUUCUAUGUCCCUUUUUAAAAAUGUUUAUUGCCGGUGUGUGUGUGUGUGUGUGUGUGUGUGUGUGUGUGUGUGUGUGUGUGUGUGAGAGAGAGAGCAAGAAAUUUGUUAGUUAACAAGAGAACUAAAUAAUUUCCAUUGAUUGCGUUCUAAAAUCUUUACGUUCUGCUUCUCAAACUUUCUAUGUCAAUGAAACGUUUGCAAGUAAAAAUAAUGACACCGUUUAACAUCACUAAGGUACUGUACAUUACUGAUAAUGUUUUAAAUGAUUAAUGAAUUAAUCAAAAUGAAUCAGAGACACUUGCUGCUGUGACAAUUGUGUAACAGUUGAUUUUAACUUUUGAUUUUUAUAUAUUUUUAUGUAACUGUUUACAGCUGAUGUAUUUUUCUAGUUAAAAAUGAAAUAAAUGGGAAAAAAGAUUAGAAUUAGUCACCUAAAUUUCUCCUUUAUUGCCACAGAAAUAGCAUUUUUUAAAGAUAAUUAAAAACAAACAAACUGUAAUCCAGUAUUUGUACUUGUUUUCUUAUUUCAGUAAAAUGUUUCAGUGUCUGUCAACAAAUAUCCCUGUGUUUGCUCAGCAGAAGUCCCAUUACAUUUCCCAAUAAAUCUGUAUAUUAAGCCA